AUGGUUGUUGGAUCAUUAUUGUUAUUUAUUGGAUUUCCAUAUAUAGUCCUUAAAUCAGUUUUAUCCGUUUUAUUUACAUUUUUAACAGUAUAUUACAUUGUUGACCAAUUUUUAUUACCAAAGUUAAGAGAAAAACCUUUAUCCUCAUAUAAAGGCAAAGUUGUUAUUAUUACCGGCGCAAGUGGCGGUAUUGGUGAAGAAUGUGCAAAACAAUAUGCUAGAUUAGGUUCAAAGGUUGUAUUGGUUGCUAGAAGAACCGAACAAUUAAAUAGAGUUAAAGAAAAUAUUUUAAAAAAUUAUUCAAGAGUUAAAGACGAAGAUCUUUUAGUAGUUAAGGCUGAUUUAACUAUCCAAGAUGAUUGCAAACAAAUGGUUCAAACUGUCAUAGAUAAUUAUUCAAAGAUUGAUAUUUGUGUUUGGAAUGCUGGUUUAGGUUCUUUAAUUGAAUUUAGUAAAUUAGGUGAUGAUAUUCAAAUUUAUAGAGAUAACAUGGAAAUUAAUUAUUUCUCAUUAGUCUAUUGUACCCAUUUAGUAUUCCCAUAUUUAAUUCAAUCUAAAGGUUCCAUUGUGGUUAUUUCUUCAUUGGCUGGUAAAUUUGGUACUGCUUUAAGAACCAGCUACUCUGCAAGUAAACAUGCUGUCCAAGGUUUCUUCAAUUCACUCCGUCACGAAACUAAAGAUAUUCAAAUUACCAUUGUCAAUCCAGGUUUCAUUUUGACUGAAUUCCACGAUAAUUUAAAAACACUCGAUGGCAACAAAGUCGAAAGAAACAAAGGUAAUUUUAUGACCGCUGAAAGAUGUGCCGCUGAAAUUCUCGAAGCCGAACGUCAACGUCGUAGGGAAUUAAUUCAAAGUGCAAAAGGUAAAUUUGGUGUAAUCGUUCAAAAUAUAGCACCAGAUUUAGUUGAUUUCUUAUCACAUAAAUUUGCAAGCUCAUCUGUUAAAAAAUAA